AUUCAUUAUAAAUAUGUACACAGCUUACAGCUAUUAACAACAAAUACAUUGGUAGUAGCAUUUUUCUGAUGGGUUGGUUUUCAUUGCUAUCGUUGCUUUUCUUUCUUCUUCCUUUUUCAUCAUUUCAGACAUCGUCAAAUGUUUCUUCUUCCUCCAUUAUUCAUCAUCCUUCUCCAUUGUGCCAUCCGUACGAGAGAUCCGCUUUGAUCCAAUUCAAAAACUCAUUUUCCGUUAAUAAUACCAUUGCUUCUGAUCCUUAUGGAUGUGAUGGUAUUGAUCCUCCGACAAUCUCUUGGGCCAAGAAUGACGCAUCAAAUUGUUGUGCAUGGAGAGGAGUCACGUGUGAUGAAAAGGCUGGUCAUGUGAUCGGCCUUGAUCUUUCUUGUGCCAGGCUUCAAGGAGCUUUUCAUUCUAACAGCACUCUUUUCUUCCUUCGCAAUCUACAGAGUCUAUACCUCUCAUACAAUGAUUUUGGAGGCUCAACAAUUCCGUCUGAAUUCGGUAAGUUUACCAAUUUAGAGCACCUUAUAUUGAGUAAUUCUAAUUUUUCGGGGAAUGUACCACCAGAAAUCUCGUACCUAUCCAAACUGGUUACGCUUGAUCUUUCUUUGAAUAAUUUUCAUAAACUGAAUGUAGACACUUUUACCUUGAAAAGAAUUGUCACAAACCUUACCAAUCUUGAAGCACUUUCUAUGGAUCUAGUUGAUAUGUCCUCUGUUUCCCCUGUUGUCUUGAUGAAUUUGUCUUCUUCUUUGAUAAACCUUACGCUCAGUUAUUGCAGUCUCGGAGGGAACUUACCUGCAGAUUACAUUUUCCACCUACCAAAACUUGAAAUGCUUUUUUUAGGUGAGAAUGAGAAUCUCACCGGUUCCUUGUUCCCUAAAUCUAAUCGGAAUACUAGUAGUCCACUCAAGGAAUUGGAUCUUUUUGAGACUAAACUCUCAAUAGAUUUCCCUUAUCUAAUUCAAAAUUUCAAGUACUCUUUGGAAUAUCUGUACCUCGGGAGUUGUAAAAUACUAGGAUGGAAUCCCACUUUGCUUGCUAACCUCACUCAAAUCAGUGUGUUAGAUCUCUCCUCUAACAAUUUCGGUGGUGAAAUCCCAUGGUCAUCUCUGAUGCAUCUAGAGCGCCUCAUAUCAUUAGAUUUGUCAGACAACAACUUUACUGGCCAGCUUCCUGAAAUUUCUAGUUAUAACUCCACCCAACUUUCUUUCUCAUAUGAUAACUCAUCAAAUAGUUUAACAUCCGGCGGUCCUCUUCCGCUGGAGUUAGGAGUGCUGGACUUAUCUGAUAACCUACUCGACGGGAAAAUUCCUGGUUGGCUGUACUCCUUAAAAUCUUUGGACUAUCUAGAUCUUAGUAGCAACCAAUUCACUGGUUACAUUGAGGAAUUUCAAUCCCAUUCCUUGGUGAGACUUAAUUUAAGUAAUAAUAAACUCCACGGAUCCCUUCCAAGCUCAAUCUUUCAACAAGUGAAUCUUACUUUCCUAGAUCUUUCCUCAAAUUCCUUGAGCGGUGAUGUCGGGAUAAACGACUUUUCAAAGUUAAAAAGACUGAUAUACCUUUCAAUCUCAAAAAACCAAUUGGGUGGAAAGAUGCCUUCUUCAAUUUGUGAUCUUAAUUCGCUUCAAUAUCUUGAUUUGUCCAAUAAUUCUCUCAUUGGGACAGUUCAUCCAUGUCUUGGAAAUUUUAGUGUCAACUUAUUAGUGUUGAAUCUGCAUAUAAACAAGUUGCAUGGCACAAUUCCUCUGAUAUUUGCAAAGGGAAAUUCAUUGAGGAAUCUCAACCUUAAUGGAAAUCAACUCGGUGGGAUAUUGCCGCAAUCUUUGGUCAGAUGUAAAAAGAUGGAAAUUUUAGAUGUUGGAAAUAACAAGAUGAAUGACACGUUUCCCUACUGGUUGGAAUCUCUUCCAAUGCUACAAGUUCUUAUCUUGAGAUCUAAUAGAUUUCAUGGUUCCAUAGAUGUUAGUCCCAAAACUGCACUUCCUUUCCAAACGUUGCGAAUCAUGGACCUGUCCAACAAUGAGUUCAGUGGCAAUUUGCCAACAAAAUAUUUCAAGAAUUUGUUGGCCAUGAUGGAUGCAUAUUCGGACCAAUUGACAUACAUGGGAGAAGAUCAAUAUUAUGAAUCUACCAUUGUUGUCAUAAAAGGCUUCUUGCUUGAAAUGGAGAGAAUUCAAACCAUGUUCACAACAAUUGACUUGUCAAAAAAUAAUUUUGUGGGAGAGAUUCCAAAAUUGAUCGGCAAGCUAAAGUCUCUUAAAGGGCUCAACUUUUCACAUAAUAAAUUGACUGGUCCUAUCCCAUCAACAUUGGAAAAUUUGAGUAACCUUGAAUGGUUAGACCUCUCUUGGAAUGAGCUUGUUGGAGAGAUUCCUCAACAAUUGACAAACAUGAUAUCUCUUGAAGUGUUAAACGUCUCAAAAAACAGAUUGGUUGGACCCAUACCUAGUGGCAAGCAAUUCAACACAUUCGACAACACUUCAUACAGUGAAAAUAUGGGAUUAUGUGGAUUUCCAUUGUCUAAAAUAUGUGGCAAUAAUGAGGCACCACAAUCUCCGACCACAAAGUUCGAAGAAGAAGGUGGUUAUGGGUUUGACUGGAAGAUCAUCUUGGUGGGUUAUGGAUGUGGAAUCGUGAUUGGAGUAUCAUUGGGAUAUAUAGUGCUUUCUAAUGAAAAAUUUACUCUGUUUUUGAUAAAGAUUGGAUUCAGUAAUUUACUGUAUGCCUAGAAGACACUGCUUGCUUAAGUGUUUGGAGGUGCGAGAACAAAUUUAGUGAGGGGCCGAAGAAAGGUCUAAAUGUCGAGAUGCUGAGGUUGGAAUAUAUAUUGUGUUAUAUAUUAAUUGUUGGAUGAAUAUUGAUGAUUAUGGGAAUUUGUUUUUUUCUUUUUCUUUUCCUAGAGGAAAUUGGUGUGUUAAAGAAGUUUCGGGAAGAUGGGUGUGUGUCUGUAUGUUAGUGUUAAGAUUUAUUUUGAAUUCUCAGAGAAUAUGUUUCCUUUCUUAUUUUCAUUGCUAAAUCCCAAAAUGAGCUUAUGGUCUAACAAAGAGAUAAUGUGUAUGUUAAGUCUGUAGUUCAAUCAAUUCCAGUUUAUACAAUUUCUGUUUUUAAGAUCCCAAAACAAAUAUGCCAGUCUCUUAAUUCGGCAAUUUUUAAUUACUAGUGGAGUAAAGGUGAUGGUUCUUUGGCUGAAGGAAAAUCUGGUCCA